AUGAUUCAACGUGGACUGAUCCCACCAGCAGCAAAGAUUAGUUUUGAAACUCCACCUGUUAUACCUAAAUCUGCUUUCCUUCAUUCUUAUAAAGCAUCUAAGAUGAAAAGCAUAGGUGAGUAUUCACCACCAAGGCCACCACCAUCAUCACCAUCAAUCAGUAUUUCAUUCUUUCCAUCCAAACAAGGAAAUAGGGUUAAAUACAACAGGUCUAAAGGCUUCUGGGAUAAAAAGCCUCCCAAAUUGGUACCAGCUCUGUCGCCUCCCAAAUUGCCUAUGGAUUAUGAUUUUUUUAUUUACAAUGGCGUAAUAGAUCAGGAUGCUGCUGACUUCAUAGCCUUCAAGGAACAUUUUUGUUUAUCUUGGGGAAAUAUCUUUUCUCUCUUGGAAUGCAUUGAGAAGUUCCUCAAGGACUAUGCAGUACCUGAAGUCAAGAUAAAAGGGAAAAAUUUGGCAGCACUUCUUCCCGACUUUGAACUUAACACUAGGCCUAGUAAAUUUGACCUCCUGUCAGUAUUUGAGAAUCCAGCUUACAUCCUCAAAUUAGUUAAUCAGCCCGGCCAGAGGUACAAAGGGCAAGGGGGAAUCGAGGAAGCUAUUAUCAAGAUUCAAGCCACAUGGCGAUGCUAUCAGGCCAGAAAAGCCUAUUCUACUUUCCGACGGCAGAAGUGGGCCGCAGGUGUGAUUGCCAUCAACUGGCUUCUGCGCGGUCACAGGGCCCGAAUGAAAAAGAUCCUGAAGGAAAUACGUGCAAAACACCUGGAGAAUUUCCACAUUCGAGCCAAGCAUCUGGCAGCCAACUGGAAUCGCAUCAGGACCUCCAGGAGGACUAUUAUCCAUAUCCCAUCAUUAGGAUUUUCCAAAUCCGUACGGGAAAGUACCAUUGAUUUUCCUAUGCAACAGAACUUGCAACUGGGAAGACUGUGUGACAUACUAGAUGCCAACGUGGAAGUCAUCUACAUCUGCCCCAUUCAACUUCAAGACGAAUUAGUGAGGUAUUACAAUAAGUUCCUGGGUCUACAAUCAGCUGUCAUCACUGGAGACCCUGAGGACAUAAGUGACCUGAAGGACAGGUUCAGGAUUCUCUCCCCUGAAGCUAUAAACUUCUUCCCUAUGAUGGAAUGCUUAAGUCAACUUAUUGUUGAUAAUCUGGAUGUACAACGCUGGAUAUUUAAAGUGGACAAUGAAUUUGGAGGCAAUGGGACUGCAUUUUGUGACAUUCCUUCCCACCUAAAGUGCUAUAAUUGGGUCAUACAGGAAAGUCUCAAAUACGGUGACAGAGAUUGGAAUAAGAAAUGGGCACACGAGCCGGCUUUGGAGAGGAUCUCCGAGGAGCUGGCGGGCAUUUUAGCACAGCACGCACAGGCAGUCAAUGAGAAACGAUUCCCUACAUGGGAAAAAUUCCUCCAUACAUUUCUCAGUCAAGGUGGUGUGAUCGAGGCAUUUCCACCCACUGAAAAUGUCACCAAUUUGAGUGUGGAUAUGUUGAUAGAGCCGUCAGGAGAAAUGAAGAUGCUUUCAACAGGAGACCAACUCCACGCAGAUGGUCCUUUGCUUUCCUCUGGCAGCACCAUGCCACAAUCGUCGAUCGAUCCGGAGGCUCUCAACUCAUUGUGUUUUCAAAUAGGAAAUGCCUGUAAAGACAGAGGCAUUAUUGGUUAUUUCUCUAUUGACCUGGUGACUUUCAUCCAUCCAGAAACCCUGGAACAGCAGAUAUGGGCAACGGACCUUGCACUUUCUUAUAGUGACCAGCUUUCCUUGACAAAGCUCGUCUUGUAUGUGACCAGAGGAAAUCUAAAUUUCAGUUCAAGUGUCUUAGAAGUGACACCCUCUGUAAAGAAACUUAAUAGGUCCCUCAGCCAGAUCAAGGUAGAACCAAACAAUCGGAGAGGAUCUCCAGGGGGUCCUCAUGACCUUUGCUCACAAUCUCUUCAUCAUCCAUCAAGAAAUAUCAUCACCUAA